CUUUUCUGUCUGUUCGAUUUUCUAAGCUGCUUUUGAAUAUUCAAACUUCAAAGUAGAAUCGCUGCUCAAAUCUCUCACUCUCGUCUCCCCUUGAUUGUUUAUUUGUUUCCUCUGGUGCCUGUCUUUUUCUCUUUCUCAAUAUAAAGAAAGCACUGUGCUUUCGCAGAGAAUCGAAAGCAGUGCUGCCUCUGCGCCCUUAAAAAACCUCCGUUACAGUCUAGUAUCAACUGAGUUCGCUGGUUUCCUUCUUGAAUUCUUUCUCUGACUCUGCAUUUUCACAAAAAGAAGCCAUUCGGGUCUCGCCCAAAAUUAACUCCAUUAAUGGAAGCCUCAUCGCCCAUCUCCAUCCAAAACACCCCACUACAAGACUUCCCAGAGGCGUCCCCAAGACCCUAUAAGAAAAGCUUCGUCACCACACUCAUGGCGGCCGCCACGCUUCGCUCUCCUUCAUUCAGAGAGGACACCUACUUCGUCUCCCACCUCAAGUCCUCGGAAAAGAAAGCUCUCAAAGAGCUCAAGGACAAGCUCUUGGCAUCUGAUGCCUCUGAUGCUUCAAUGUGGGGCAUCCCUCUCUUAGGAGGUGACGAGAAGGCCGAUGUGAUUCUCUUGAAGUUCCUGCGAGCCAGAGACUUCAGGGUCUCUGACUCCCUCAACAUGUUGCUGAAAUGCUUGGGAUGGAGGAGAGAAUUCGGAGCGGAUAGUGUUAUUGAGGAGGAUCUGGGGUUCAAGGAGCUUGAGGGUGUUGUGGCCUAUAUGCAUGGUUAUGACACAGAGGGGCACCCUGUUUGUUACAACGCGUACGGGGUUUUCAGAGACAGAGAUAUGUACGAGAGGAUCUUUGGUGACGAAGAGAAGCUCCAGAAGUUCUUGAGAUGGAGGGUUCAGGUGCUUGAGAGAGGGAUUAACCUUCUACAUUUUAAGCCCGGUGGGGUUAACUCUAUCAUCCAGGUCACUGAUCUCAAGGACAUGCCCAAGAGAGAGCUAAGGGUCGCUUCUAAUCACAUCCUCUCCUUGUUUCAAGAUAACUAUCCUGAAAUGGUCGCUCGCAAGAUUUUUAUCAAUGUUCCAUGGUACUUCAGCUUAUUAUAUUCCAUGUUCAGUCGAUUUCUAACUCAGCGAACUAAGAGUAAGUUCGUGAUCUGUAAGGAAGGGAAUGUGGCCGAGACACUUUACAAGUUCAUUAGGCCUGAGGAUGUUCCUGUUCAGUACGGUGGACUAAGCCGACCCAGUGAUUUACAGAAAGGUCCCCCAAAACCAGCCUCCGAGUUCACCGUCAAAGGCGGAGAGAAAGUUAAUAUUCAGAUCGAGGGAAUCGAGGCUGGUGCAACGAUAGCAUGGGACAUAGUGGUGGGGGGCUGGGAGUUGGAAUACAGUGCAGAGUUCGUGCCCUGUGCAGAAGGCAGCUACACCAUUGCUGUGGAGAAGCCUAGGAAGAUGGCAGCAUCAGAAGAAGCAGUUUACAACUCGUUCACUGCACGUGAGGCAGGUAAAAUGGUGCUAUCAGUAGACAACACUGCUUCCAGGAAGAAAAAAGUUGCUGCUUAUCGUUACGUUGUGCGCAAAUCCACUGCCAUAGUACCAUCUACCUUCGACUAUGCUAAUUAAUAUUAAAAUGUGCUUUGGAUUUUUGUUUAGUUCCUUUUUGAGGGGGUUUAGUUAAUGGUGUCAGUGUUGUGAACGAACUUAAAAGAAACUCUACUUGAUAGUACUAGUGUAAUGUAUAAAGAAAUGGUGUUAUUAUAUUGCCUUGUGUA